CUUCCGGUGCUGACCAUGGCAGAGAAGGAAGCAAAGAAGGUGCCAUCUGUACCGGAGAGCCUGCUGAAGAAGCGGCAGGCGUAUGCGGCUAUAAAAGCCAAACGUCAGAAGAAGAUUUUGGCUAUAAAAAAGUUCCGUAAGGCACAAAGAAAGCUCAUCUAUGCCAAAGCCCAGGCAUACCACAAGGAGUACAGACACAUGUACAGGCAGGAGAUCCGCAUGGCCAGGAUGGCCCGGAAAGCUGGGAAUUACUACGUCCCAGCAGAACCCAAACUGGCAUUUGUGAUCAGGAUAAGGGGUACCAAUGGUGUCAGCCCCAAGGUCCGCAAGGUGCUGCAACUCCUUCGGCUGCGCCAGAUCUUUAAUGGCACCUUUGUGAAACUCAACAAAGCUUCCAUCAACAUGCUGCGGAUCGUGGAACCCUACAUUGCCUGGGGUUACCCCAACCUGAAGUCUGUGCAUGAACUGAUCUACAAGCGUGGCUAUGGCAAGAUCAACAAGCAGCGCAUUGCUCUGACUGACAAUUCCCUGAUUCAGAAGCGCCUUGGAAAGCUUGGCAUCAUCUGCAUGGAAGAUGUGAUCCAUGAAAUUUACACUGUUGGCAAGAACUUCAAAGUUGUGAACAACUUCCUUUGGCCCUUCAAGUUGUCUUCUCCUCGGGGUGGAAUGAAGAAGAAAACCAUCCACUUUGUGGAAGGUGGGGAUGCUGGGAACAGAGAAGAUCAGAUCAACAGACUCAUAAGGAGAAUGAACUAAGGAUUCAGUUGCUCAGCUGCAGUCUUUCAAGUUCUGAUCUGUUAAUAAAACCAUCUUGCACA